GUGGGUGGCUAGCUUUGAUCGGUCGAGGGGGGCAGGAUCGCCAGGUUAGAAAAGUAUAAAAUACUCGGACUGUAACACAGUUGGCUGUCAUUAAUCGUCCAUCCAGCACAGAGAAUAGAGUUCGAGACAAGACAAUCACACACUCAUCUGAAAUCAUGAGAUCGUUCCAGCAAUUCACGCUCUGCGCCAUCGUUUUCACUUUCCUCUUCACUUUCGUGACAUCCAGACCAGAACCUUAUGGAGGAAGUUCGCCAUUGUUCGGUGGAUUCGCAGCCGAUUCGUCAGAGGAGGAAGCGGGAUCGGGCAAUCCUGAACAGGAUCGCAAAAUGUUGACUGGAGAACUCAUCCGGAUGGAGAGGCAGCUGGAUCAGGAUAUCGAGAAAAACGAUCACUACGAGAUCAGGUACGCCUUGCUCAACCUGGAAAUGAGACUCAUGCCCAGGAUGGCCAGGCUUUCCAGGGAGAUUGACGCCUCACUUCUCAACGCCGACCAACGCGCCGGUGAGCGCAAAUUCCAGAAGACACUCCAGGAAGACAUCUCCCGGAUGAUGUACAAGGCUGGAGCUCGAGCUUGUCUGAAUCCCGAUGAGACUUUCUACGCCCCCCAAAACAAAUGCAUGCCAUUUGGACCCAAAGCCGCAGUCAAUCCCUGCAAGAAGAAGGAUCAGAUCCUCUACGACGGCAAGAACAACGAAGGCGCUUGCGAUUGCGUCGAAGAUGACAGGCAACUCGUUUACUACAACGGCGAAUGCCACAGCCAAAACAUCCGCGGUCCCUGCACGCCCGGCAACUGGUUGGUCAUGACCAAUUCCACGCCCACCUGCGAAGUCACUCCGGCCAACUGCACCGCCGACGGCAAACACAUCCACUGGAGCCCCGAUUCCGUCAAAGUCCCCGCAGAUUGUCACGUCCUUGGCCAGCGCGGCCCUUGCAGUCUAGGUCAGAUCGUCACCAGAGAAAACGGUGGAACCAUCAAAUGCAGUUUCCCUCCAGAGCCGACAACUACAGUUACAACAACCCCAGCUCCCGCUACUGCGGCAGCCACUGCUGCUGUCAAAACGAGUGCAACCGGUCCGACGACACCUGCACCAACAACCGAGGCGCCGAUUUCUUCAGUCUGGGAUCGACCCAGUUGCUCGCAGGGCAGUUAUCGAAGCCAAAAUAAAAGAUGUGCAAUUUAGAGAGAAAGACCCCAAAAAAGAACCUAGAAAAGAUUUGCACAUUUGAAAAGGAAUUUUGUGCUUUACACAAUCAAUACUGUCUCACUAUUUAGGGGCUUGGUUCCCUUAAAUAAUGUGCCUUCCUGUCCACUAUUCUUC